CCGGAGGCGUCGGGAAUGGGGGCGGCGGGCCUCCCCGCGCGGCGGCGGGCCCUCCCGGGGCUGCUGCUCGGCCUGCUGUGUGCCCUGUCCCGGGCCGAAGGCGGGAAGGUGCUGGUGGUGCCCAUGGAGGGCAGCCACUGGCUGAGCCUGCGGGACGUGGUGCGGGAGCUGCACGCCCGGGGCCACCAGGCCGUGGUGCUGGUCCCCGAGGUGUUCGAGUACGUGAGGGAAGAGGCCUUCUUCACCUUCUUGCCCUAUGCCAUUCCCUUCACGAAGCAAGAGUAUAAGGACUGCUACCUGAACCACCUCAACGUCGCCUUCGAGGCAGAAAGUUUUCUGGACGUGGCUUACAAAAGUGUAUCAAGAGUAAAAAAGUUACCGGGUUUGUUUGCGAGGUCCUGUGAGGCGCUACUACAUAACACACCCUUCCUCGCGCAUCUGAAUUCCAGUUCCUUCGAUGUGGUUUUGACGGACCCUGGUUAUGCCUGCGGAGUAGUGCUGGCUAAGUACCUGAAUGUGCCUGCCGUGUUUUUUCUGCGCUACAUGUUGUGCGAGGCAUUCUAUUACGCUACACAGUGUCCCAACCCACCUUCAUACAUUCCUAAAUUGGCAACGAUGUACUCAGACCACAUGACCUUCCUGGAGAGGGUCAAGAACAUACUCGCCUUUGUGUUCUUGGAAGGUUUUUGCUCUGUACUUUUUUCUCCUUAUGCACGGCUCGCUUCCGAGCUCUUGCAGAGAGAGGUGUCGGUGGUGGAUAUCUUCAGCCACGCUUCCCUGUGGAUGAUCAGAGGGGACUUUGUAUUGGACUACCCCAGACCCAUCAUGCCCAACAUGGUCUUCGUCGGGGGCAUCAACUGUGUCAACCGGAACCCACUCUCUCAGGAAUUUGAAGCCUAUGUCAAUGCCUCUGGAGAGCAUGGGAUUGUGGUUUUCUCUUUGGGAUCAUUAGUCUCAGAGAUUCCGGAGAAGAAAGCUAUGGCAAUUGCUGAGGCUCUGGGCCAAAUACCUCAGACGGUCCUGUGGAGCUAUGCUGGAAGCCGGCCAUCAAAUCUUGCCAAGAAUACAAUACUUGUCAAGUGGUUACCCCAAAAUGAUCUGCUGGGUCAUCCAAAGACCCGGGCAUUUGUCACUCACUGUGGCUCCCAUGGCAUUUAUGAAGCUAUAUGCAAUGGUGUCCCCAUGGUGAUGAUACCCUUGAUGGGUGACCAGCUGGACAAUGCAAAGCGCAUGGAGACCCGGGGAGCUGGUGUGAUCCUGGAUGUCUUUACAAUGACUUCUGAUGAUUUAGCAAAGGCCCUCAAAACAGUCAUCAAGGACAAAAGCUACAAGGAGAACAUCAUGCGCCUCUCCAGCCUUCACAAGGACCGCCCCAUUGAGCCCCUGGACCUGGCUGUGUUCUGGGUGGAGUAUGUGAUGAGGCACAAGGGGGCGCCACACCUGCGCCCUGCAGCCCAUGACCUCACCUGGUACCAGUACCACUCCUUGGAUGUGAUUGGCUUCCUCCUGGCCAUUGUGCUGACAGUGGCCUUCCUCAUCUUUAAAUGUUGUGCCUUUGGCUGUCAGAAAUGCUUUGGGAAGAAAGGGCGAGUUAAGAAAUCCCACAAAACCAAGGCCCAUUGAGAAGUGUUGGGGAAUAAAGGUGUGUUUCUAGAAGGAAACCUUGAGCCUUUAGAGUGUACUGUUAUCAUUGAAUGGCUUGGAGACCUUGGAAGCAGUGUACUGUUUUUGCUUUGGGAAGGGGAAUGAAAAGAAUGAUGGUAUAAGAUUGAUGAGUCUUGUAUCUGAGAGGGUAAUCACUGAACUAAGGUAAAUAAAAGGAGGCACUCAGCAGCAUGAGAGGAGCCAUGAUAGUGCUGGAAAGCCAGGGCAGGGGUGGUGACGAUGCUGGGGAGCCAUGGCAGGAACCUGUUAGACAAACUCACAAACGCCCUCCAAAAAAGAACUUAGGACAGGAGGGGGUUUGUGGGUACCCAGUUCUAUUCUGAGUGGUGAGCCUGUCGCCUACAUAUUUUUCUUUCUUCCUGACAACCAGAUAUUUAGCUUCUGUAUUCUGCUUCUGUAUUUUGCUUGGCUUGUAAAACAUAGGAGGGUUGGAAAGAUUCCAUUUACAUGACUCUCCUCCCCCACCCAUUUUGGGGUAUAAAAACCCCUACUUGUUGCUAUUUGGGGCUGCUUCUGGGUUCCCGUUCAGUUAAAAUUGGCUAUUGGCAAAUUUCCUUUUGCUAAUAAACUUCUUCAUAAUCAGGGUUUGGUUUCUGAGCUGGUCUGGGUCCUGGGGAUUUUUCAACUUGUUGCAUCAUCACUGUGUCGCAUGGUCUGAAUUCACCUGCCCUAGUGUUGGGCGCAUGCAUUUUCUGUGAUAUUUCCUACAACUAAGAGUUUCUUAAUAAAUAUUUUUUUAUUUUGUA